AUGGCUCGUACAAAGCGGGCUGCCUACACAUCGACCGGUGGUAAAGCACCAAGGAAGAAACUGGCUACAAAAGCCGCUCGCAAGAGUGUGCCCUCUACUGGAAGGCUGAAGAAACCUCAGCGUUACAGGCCUGGCACCGUGGCACUCCGUGAAAUCAGACGUUGUCAGAAGUGUACUGAACUUCUGAUUCACAAACUUCCCUUCCAGCAUCUGGCACGGAAAAUUGCUCAAGACUUCAAAACAGAUCUGCGCUUCCGGAGUGCAGCUACUGGUGCUUUGCAGGAGGAAAGUGAGAUCUAUCUGGCUGGGCUUUUUGAAGACACCAACCUGUGUGCUUUCCAUGCCAAACGUGUAACAAUUAUGCCAAGCGACAUCCAGCUAGCACGCCGCAUACAUGUAAAACACCCUUAA